UUUAUAAUUGAUAUCAAUUAAUUAUUGAUAUUAAUUGAUAUUAAUUAUUAUUAUUUGAUUGAUAAUAUUCUAUUGUUCGAAAAGAAUAAAAUUUAAUAGCAAGAAAUGAGAACUUGCUUAAAAAGUGGCAUUUAUAAAUCGCGCGAUAAUUUUGGAGUAACCUGUGUAACUCGAAGUCUUACUGAAAAUCUAAAGAAAAUAAAAAAAUUAAAGAGUAAUAAGGAUGAUCUAUAUCAACCAGCGGAAAUUAAUAUUAGAAAUAUAAAAAAGAUAAAAUAUUUACCUACAAAUUUUCAAAAAUUAAUAAUUCCAAAGAAUAAUACAAAAUUAAAUUGUCACUUCAUAAAAAAGAAUACUGAUUCAUCAAGUAUGUUAAAUACCAGAAAAGAUACUAAUAUCAAAAAUGUACUUGAUGAUUCACAAAAGAAGGCAAUUCAGUCAAAAUUCAUACAAGUGUUAAGAGAAGAAAAAUGUACCUUGGAUAAAACAAAAUUUGAAAAUAUAAGUAGAGUUAGCAUACUUCUUUUGUAUCUCCACUUUUUGCUUUGUUAUUACCUUUCUUUUUCAAAAACAAAUCAUUUCAAUGAAUUUUUUGAAACAUGUCCAGUGAAGGACACUGAAAAUUAA